AUUGUAUAGCUACACUGAAAACCUGGAAUUCACCACUAACAGGAGGUGCUUUGAAGAAGAUUUCAAGACUCAAGGUGAUCCCAGAUCCUUAUACAUAGAGACAUACUUUUUCGCUCCAUGAUAUCCCAACCUGAUCUAGAAAAAGCCUAAAACAAAGUAUGAUCCUUCUUCAUCCUCUCCAUAACCGUAUAACUUCUCUAUCCCUUCUUGCAUGUGGGACACAGAGUUUCCUAUACCUCAAGUGGAGAGGCCAUGGAGUGGAAGCAAGAGAAGCCUGAGCUGGGUCCCUUUCCCUGAUGUAAAGGGCCAAGAGAGCAAAGGGAUAGGGAGGUGGGGUUGGGCAAGUGCCCUACUGCCUGGUAGAACCCUGUGUCUAGCCUAGUCCUUGACCUUAAUGUUCAACCCCUGCCUCCAACUCUGCCUUACUCCCAAUAGCAUCUAAUAAUAAUUUCAUGUGCCCACACUGUGAUCCUCUCAGACCUCUGUUUCCUUAUUUGGUGAGUGGUAAUUCAAGUUUCAACUCAACAAAUGCGUGUGCAGGGCAAGGAGUGGCUGGAGUUGGAGGAAGAUGCCCAGAAGACCUAUGUGAUGGGACUCCUGGACCGGCUGGAGGUGGUCAGUAGGGAUCGGCGACUGAAGGUGGCCCGGGCUGUUCUCUACUUGGCCCAAGGCACUUUUGGGGAAUGUGAUUCAGAGGUCGAUGUGCUACACUGGUCCAGGUACAACUGCUUCCUGCUCUAUCAGAUGGGGACCUUCUCGGCCUUCCUGGAGCUACUCCACAUGGAAAUCGACAACAGCCAGGCCUGUAGCAGUGCUCUUCGGAAACCAGCCAUCUCCAUUGCUGAUAGCACAGAGCUCCGGGUGCUGCUGAGUGUCAUGUACCUCAUGGUGGAAAAUAUCCGCCUGGAGCGGGAGACAGACUCCUGCGGGUGGAGGACAGCCCGGGAGACCUUCCGCAGUGAAUUGAGCUUUUCCGUGCAUAAUGAGGAGCCUUUUGCCCUUCUGCUUUUCUCCAUGGUUACCAAGUUCUGCAGUGGCCUGGCUCCCCACUUUCCCAUAAAAAAGGUCUUGCUUCUGCUCUGGAAGGUAGUCAUGUUUACACUCGGUGGAUUUGAGCAUCUGCAGGCUCUCAAAGUACAGAAGCGAGCAGAAUUGGGCCUGCCUCCACUGGCUGAGGACAGUAUCCAGGUGGUGAAGAGCAUGCGUGCCGCCUCUCCACCCUCUUACACUCUUGACCUGGGGGAGUCACAGCUGGCACCACCACCCUCUAAGCUGCGAGGCCGCCGCGGUUCUCGAAGGCAACUCCUCACUAAGCAGGACAGCCUGGACAUCUACAACGAAAGAGAUCUCUUUAAGACUGAGGAACCAGCCACAGAGGAAGAAGAGGAGUCUGCUGGCGAUGGAGAACGAACUUUGGAUGGAGAGUUAGACCUACUGGAGCAGGACCCUUUGGUGCCACCUCCACCCUCACAGGCCCUACUCUCUGCUGAACAGGUGGCCUUUCCCAAGGGCCUGCCCUGGGCCCCAAAGGUCAGACAGAAGGACAUUGAACACUUCUUGGAGAUGAGCAGGAACAAGUUCAUCGGAUUCACUCUGGGGCAGGACACAGAUACCUUGGUUGGAUUACCCAGGCCAAUCCACGAGAGUGUGAAGACCCUAAAGCAGCACAAGUACAUCUCCAUCGCAGAUGUUCAGAUCAAGAAUGAGGAGGAGCUGGAGAAGUGCCCCAUGUCUUUGGGGGAAGAGGUGGUACCAGAGACGCCAUGUGAAAUCCUCUACCAGGGCAUGCUGUAUAGCCUCCCCCAGUACAUGAUUGCUCUGCUUAAGAUUCUGCUGGCUGCAGCCCCCACCUCCAAGGCUAAGACAGACUCUAUCAAUAUCCUGGCAGAUGUCCUGCCUGAGGAGAUGCCCAUCACUGUUCUUCAGAGCAUGAAGUUGGGUAUCGAUGUGAACAGGCACAAGGAGAUCAUUGUGAAGAGUAUCUCUGCCCUGCUCCUGCUACUCCUCAAACAUUUCAAACUGAACCAUAUCUACCAGUUUGAAUAUGUAUCACAACAUUUGGUAUUUGCCAACUGCAUUCCAUUGAUCCUGAAGUUCUUCAAUCAAAAUAUCUUGUCCUACAUCACUGCCAAAAACAGCAUCUCAGUCCUGGAUUACCCUUGCUGUACCAUCCAGGAUUUGCCGGAGCUUACUACGGAGAGUCUGGAAGCUGGAGACAACAAUCAAUUCUGUUGGAGGAACCUCUUUUCCUGCAUCAACCUUCUGAGGCUGCUCAAUAAACUGACCAAAUGGAAGCAUUCCAGAACCAUGAUGCUGGUGGUGUUUAAAUCUGCUCCAAUCUUAAAGCGGGCCCUCAAGGUGAAACAGGCGAUGCUGCAACUUUAUGUCCUGAAGCUGCUAAAAAUACAGACCAAGUACCUGGGGCGCCAGUGGAGGAAAAGCAACAUGAAAACCAUGUCAGCCAUUUACCAGAAAGUACGUCACCGCAUGAAUGACGACUGGGCUUAUGGGAAUGACAUUGAUGCCAGGCCAUGGGACUUCCAAGCAGAAGAAUGCACCUUGAGGGCCAACAUUGAGGCUUUUAACAGCCGCCGGUAUGACAGACCCCAGGACUCUGAAUUUUCACCUGUGGAUAACUGCUUGCAGAGUGUGCUGGGGCAGAGGUUGGAUCUGCCUGAGGAUUUCCACUAUUCAUAUGAGCUCUGGCUGGAGAGAGAGGUGUUUUCACAGCCCAUCUGUUGGGAGGAGCUGCUCCAGAAUCACUGACUGAGCUCUUGUCCACAAAGCAGCUGUUAGACGGGGGUUAGCUCCAAUAAAUGGUGCUCUGCCUACCCGCCCAUUCGAACUUUGUUUCCAACUCUAGGAGUGCUUGCCCAGGGAAGAGCUGACCUAAUCCAAGGACGUCCAGUGUAGUUCAGGGCCAUCGUGGGGCCCCUUGGGCCUGGAGAUGGUACAAGGCUGGGAUCCUGAGUCACAACAAAUUGAUCAACUUGCCCUGGGGUCAGUUGGGUGCCCAGUUGGCCUUGGAAAUCUCCUACUGGAUCAGUCCUGGACAGGCUCUUUUGUGGAACCACUUCCUGCUUUAGUCUUGCCUAGAACCAGGCUAGCCUUUGCUUGCCCCAAGAGUGAGAAUAAGUUUAUUAUGGCAUUUGGCCCAUGGCAUUAAUCAUAGGUGAUGGGAGGUGCAGGUUAUAAAAUAGGGAGAACAUUUUCUUCUUGCACACCCUGGUUUCCUAGGACUUACCAGAGGUUUGGCAAAACCAACUUUGAAAUUGUCUGUAUUUUAAAUUUAAAAUUUUGACACACCUUUUUUCUAAAAUCAUUCUAAAAUCUAAGAUGAUUUUAGAGCACCUGCACCUUCUUUCUGAAGGAUGAUGAUUUACUAUUACCUAAAUACUGCAUGUUAUAGAAAGGUAUGUUGUGUAAAGUAUUUUUUUUUAAUUCCCUAAGAGAUCUAUGUUCAACGUGAAAAUUAUUUCCCUGCAUACCCUGUAUAGGGCAUGGAGUGCUCUGCCACUACCAAUAUGAAACAGUCAGGCCUCCUCUAAGGAUGUUUCAUGUUUUGCCGAAACAACUUCAGUCUUAAAAUGACUGAGUACACUGCAGAAAAUUAUCUUUUUCAUACAAUUAAUUUUUUAAAUGACAAGUUAACUACAGGAGGUUUUAUUUAUUGAGAUAGUGUGUCCAUUUGUGCUCAUGAUCGAUUUAUUUUUUAAUUGAAUAGAACAGCAAGAGCAUCACAUCUUACCAUUUUUCUUCUUCUACGUUGAUUAAUGAUUUUUUUUCCUUUCUACUCCUAGCGGUUUCAAAGUGUCAUGUGGAGAUUUAGCAAUACUUUUUGUACCU